CUUUGGGAAAUGAAGAACCUGCUUUAAUUGUGUGAAGCUUAUUACUGGAACGGUUAACCAUAAAAAUCUUUUGUUUUAUAACCUUAUCAUGGGAAACAUUGGCUAUUGCUUGUUUGGUUUUCUAACAAAAGCAUCAAAAAACGUUAAUAUACACAUCGUAUUUGUUGUAUUUACUUCUCUAUUUUUAAGUCAUUCGUACAGAUAGCCAGUAGCCUUCAUACAUGUCUAAUCAUAAGUGCUAAGCAAUCAUUUCUACCUACAUUUGUCAAUAUAAAUGCUGUGUUGUACAAAACUCGUUCACUAGUUUCUUGAUGUGUUACAUUUUUCAUACAUUGUGCGCAAUUAAAAGACAUAUUUACGUAAAAUAUAAAACUUCAGUAAAUACUCUUUCAGGAACUGAUGACUGAUAUUACAAGAUGUUCUGAAUGCUCACUGUAUUCGAAUAAGCAAAGGAACAAAGUGGCAAUGAGUGCCUAUAAAAUGGAACAAAUGAGAAGACAAAAACAAAACCAUGUGCAGAAGAAUAUAAGUAAAGUGUUCAACAAGUUAAAAAGAGACUCCAUAGGUUCUAGAAGUUGUUUGUCACCAUCUGAUACAACUGAUGAGAGUCCUCAGAACCUCACAAUUGUAGUAACGAACGAUUCAUUCCUUCCUGAACGUAAACGGAAAAGCCCUAUUACUGUCAACGCGCUAUCAAACUUGCCAAUGAAAACGAAAAGAAAAAGCGACAGCUUGAUUGUGAUCAAUGAUGAUGACCUAGAAACGAAUAAUGAUUCAUGUAUUCUCCUGUCCCCCAGGAGAGACAGCAACUCCCACGUAAACUGUUCCACUCCUAUCGCCAAGCAGGAUAGCCAGACAUUAAAGAAUCAUAUUAUCAGUAAUUUCUAUCCAGUACCGGCACUUCAUGAAAUUCCUCGUCCAGACGAGACUAAAGAAGAUGAUAAAACAAAAAUUAUCAAUAAGGAUUCAUAUGUUACAAUAGAUUUAACAGCUGAUAGUGAGAAUAGAACUUCUGAUAAUCCUAAUGUGAUAGAUGUAGAUAAAUGUGCGGAUAAAAAUGAUAGCCAAGAUUGUACUCUAGUGUCAGUAUCUAAUGAGAGCCUCUCUAUGAGUGGAGAUUCUGAUGUCACGGUCAUAAGGAAUAAGAAAAAUGCAAACAAUACUCAAGCGAAGACUCUGGCACGAGGUCUGGCACAGCUGAACAUGUCCCAAAAGGAAAAGCUACUGAAUAUUAUUGCUCAACAAAUAUUCAGUGGUUGUGAUAUGAAGAAUGGUGCUCAAACUGGCUUUACUUUACAACAUAAGGAAAAUCGUGGAACGGAGACAGAUGAAGAUGCAUACAUAAAAGAAGUGAUUCUAGGAGAAACAAAGUCGAAAGAAGCAGUACUGUGUGUUUCUAGAAACAGUAUAGGCAGCAAUGUGUACAAUCCUCGCAAUGAUCCUAAGAAUACUACAGGGCUGCGGAUGAUUGUCAUUGAUGGUAGCAAUGUAGCCAUGGAGCAUACACAAGGCAGACAGUUUUCAGUAGAAGGGUUAAAGAUAUGCAUUGACUACUUUGUGAGGCGAGGGCACUCGGUGAAAGCGUUCGUGCCACGAUUUCGGGUCAAAUACGGCAAGAGUUCGGACCCUAACUUGCUGCACUACCUGGAGCGGCAGGGACUGGUCGUGUUCACUCCCUCCCGGGAGAUCAAGGGCAGGAACUGCGUGCCUUAUGAUGACAGAUACAUUCUCCAGUGUGCAGCAGAAUUCGACGGCGUGGUGGUGUCUGGCGAUAAUUACAGGGAUCUUAUAAACGAGAACAAGCGGUGGAGGUAUGUCAUCGAGAACAGGGUGCUACCCUUCACGUGGGUCAACAAUAUGAUCAUGUUCCCCAAGGAUCCCUUCGGACGGGCAGGUCCCACACUCGAGAUGUUACUCCGGCAUCCAACACCCGUCACACCGCAAAAUACCACAAGUCUAUUCAACUCAUUAUGAACAAUUUGUGAGUGUGCGAACAAUAUGUCUACAAUGGCGCAACUACCGUAGGACGAGAGCCCGCGAAGAUUAAACCUCCAAUUAAAAUAUACGUAUUAUAAAAAAAUUCUGUGUCUAAUACAGGUAUGAAUUACCUAAGACGAUGAAGUAUGGAUUAUGAACACGUGAAUAAGUGACAAAAUUUUUAAAUUUCUCAUCUGUAUGUAUGGAAGUACCAUCCGACCAUGCCAUCACCAAUAGAAAACCGGGAUUGACUUUUAUACAUAAGAAGAUAAAAGUGUAAUCUUCGCAGGCUCUUGGCCUAUAGCUGUGAUUGCAAGCCUUGUGUCUGAACAUAUUGAACGCUUUGUUAUCAUUUUGUACUGUAAUUUUAUAUUUAUUCAUAUGUGGAAAUUGUCACAGUUACGUGACGUGUUAUAAUUGUGAUGGCGAUGUCUCUUGCGGCCAAUUUCAGUAACCUUACCUUACUAUCUUUAGAUUUGUCAGCCAUGAUAACAGGCACUACUGAACAUUAGCCUCUACCAAUGACUUCCAGAUAUGCCGGUUGGAAGCGACCUGUAUCUAACGGCUUCCUGUGGCCUUCAUCAGGUUGUCAAUCAAUGUUUUGACAUCGAUGCUAAAGAUCAUUACACAUUUAACAAGCACGACUCCGGUAGGUUUUUUGCUUCGGAAACAAUACAAAAAGGCAGUAAGUGCGCGGACUGCGCACGGGCGGAGCGCAUACAGGUUUUUAUAUUGACCUUAUGAAAUACGAUUUAAAGUUCAUAUUUAAAUGACAAGUUAAUUCGUGGGUUGGAGCCGUGCCUUUUAAGUGUACCUUAAUAUUAUAAAUGCGAAAGUGUGUGUGUCUAUUUGUCCGUCUUUUAUGGAAAAAGAGAGCUUUUUAUCUCUUUCUAACCCUCCACUUCUUUAAAAUGGCGGGGAAAAGUUGGUAUGAAGCAUUCAGCAAUUUUCAUGGUUAAAAACUAUGAAUUAGAAUGCGGUGUAUUUGUGACUAACAAAAUGUUGUGCAUCACUUUUUCUAAAUCACAAAAUAUGUCAAAAUUAUGCCAAUAAGCAAACGUACAUAUAAAUAGGUUAUUGAAGAUGGCCCGUGGACUCUGUAAGCCGUAAUAUUUAUAUAUUUUUAUAUCGUCUAGUUAUUAUAUAUUGUCUUCUCCAUGUGGAUGAAUUUACGUUACAUUUUAACCUACUUAAAUAUGAAAAUGUAAUGCCUAAGUACAGAGAUAAAAUUUUGUAAGUUAAAUUUACCAAACUUAUUAUCAUUACUAUUUUAGGUGAGGUUUUCGUAGGAGUUUGUGCAAUAAAUUCGGGCUUGAUAAAAUGUAUGAUUCUGGUGCCAGUUUUCAAUAAGAUCUCAUUCACUUGGAACUUUAUACAACGUCAAACGCUUCAGUGCUGGUUCAGACCACGAAACUGGACUAAGUUAUGUUUUAACACGUAUAAAUUCAAGGAAUACUAGUUGGGCAGCUCGCGGACAAAUUCCAUUUUUGAAAACUAAAAAUGUUACAGGUUUUUUAGCUUGAAUUUUUCUGUUACACAAUGUAACAUUUGUUAAUUAGAAAUCCACCGUUUUAACGUAUUAAUAGGUAUUAUAAUCACAAUUUACUAGUUAAACUUUACAUAGAAAUAUCGAGUAGAAAACAAUAUGUCAAGGCAAUGCCGAAUAUUCUGCGAAACCCUAAACAUUGAACACAUUUUUAAAUUUGUAAAUGUAUCGUUCUACAUAGUGUAUGAUAGUGUAUGUGUCGCAAGCGAAUUGUAUAAUUCCGCCGCUUAAAUAUGGCGUCUUCGAGAGACCCGCCCAGCGGGGCUUCGUGUCAACCUGUUUACGAUUUGUCUCCAAAAUUGUAUGCUUUUUUAUUUUUGACUGACUUCAAAAAGGAGGAGGU